AUGACGACUAAAACCCUAACCCUAACCCUAGUUCUCUUCCUUCUUCCCAUUCUACAACUAGUGAGCGCCUCUCCCACGUCGGAUGACUAUGGGACCUACAUCAUCCACAUGGACCUGUCCAGCAAGCCCAUGUCAUUUUCCACCCAUGAGCAAUGGCACAAGUCCUUGCUGGCAUCGGUGUCGGCCGAGGCGGGCCACCUCUACACCUACAGCCACGUCAUGCAUGGCUUCAGCGCUAGACUCUCUCGUGCCCAGUUAGCCCGGCUUGAGCAGUUGCCGGGCCAUCGCGCCACCCGGCGCGAUGCGUACGCCAAGCUCUUCACCACCCACACCCCGCGGUUCCUAGGCCUGAGAAAAAGGAAUGGGAUUUGGCCGGUGGCCUCCUUUGGUCGUGAUGUCAUCGUGGGGAUCAUUGACACCGGGAUUUGGCCGGAGAGCAAGAGCUUCUCUGACCAUGGGUUGUCUGCGGUGCCAGAGAGGUGGAAAGGGGCAUGCGAGAAUGGUACCGGAUUCACCCCAUCCCUUUGCAACAGGAAACUCAUCGGUGCUCGCUCCUUCAGCAAGGGUUUACGAGCCGCUGGCCGACCGAUCUCUAAGUAUGAUUACGACUCUCCAAGGGAUUUCUAUGGUCAUGGCACACAUACAUCCUCGACAGCUGCAGGCAGUGCUGCGCGUGGUGUUAGCUACCUUGGCUAUGCGAAAGGCACAGCUAUGGGUGUCGCCCCUGCGGCUCGGCUUGCCAUGUACAAGGUGCUGUGGUUGACCGACUCGUACGAAAGUGCAGCAACGGAUGUUCUUGCAGGCAUGGACCAAGCAAUAGCAGACGGAGUGGAUGUCAUGUCUCUGUCGCUCGGCUUUGAUCAGACACCCUAUUACGACGACGUUAUCGCAAUUGGCGCGUUUGCAGCCGUAGAGAAGGGCAUCUUUGUUGCCUGUGCGGCUGGCAAUGAUGGGCCAUCCCCCAACUCCACAUAUAAUGGUGCUCCCUGGAUUAUGACUGUUGGGGCAGGGACCAUCGACCGGAGCUUCGCCGGGUCGGUGACGUUAGGUAACGGUGUUACGGUCGAGGGGGCAUCCUAUUCCUUAGAAGAUGCCUCUGUGUCUGGGGCCCCACUGUAUUAUGGUGUAGGGAAUGCAACCGAGAUGGCAUGCUCAUCUCUUGACCCAGCAAAAGUUCGAGGGAAGGUGGUCCUCUGCUAUUCAGCCCAACCGUCCAGUGUCUCUAUGCAGCUCAGCGAGGUGGUACGCCGUGGCGGAAAAGCUGGAAUUUUUGUGGCCGACAUAGCUGAUCUCUAUCCAGAGGAUUACAUUAUUCCUGCUGUGCUCCUGAGAAUUAGCGACGCAAGCCAACUGAUGGCUUACGUAAAUGGAACAACCAACCCCACCGUGCUUGAGAUGAAGUUGCAAAUCACAAAGAUCAAUGUCAAACCAGCUCCCCAGGUGGCCGACUUCUCUUCGCGUGGCCCUGAUCCAAUAAGUCCUGGAGUGCUCAAGCCCGACAUUCUAGCGCCAGGUGAGGAUGUGCUAGCGGCAUGGAGGCCAGUGGAUUCUUCCUCUACUGGUGAUUAUGCGUCCACACCAUACAUAUUGGCAUCAGGGACCUCAAUGGCAUCGCCACAUGCUGUCGGAGUGGCAGCCCUACUGCGAGCGGUGCACCCAGACUGGAGCCCUGCCGCCAUCCGCUCCGCCAUCAUGACCACAGCGAUCACUGUCGACAAUGCUCGAGGAACAAUCAAGGACCAAUUCCAUGGGGAGCCUGCAACCCCUCUACAAUUUGGUGCUGGUCAUAUCAAUCCAAAUCGUGCCAUGGAUCCGGGGCUAGUCUAUGAUUUGGCGACUCAGGACUACAUUGAGUUCAUAUGUGGUCUAGGUUACAACGAGACUGAGAUGGCCACUGUCAUAAGGCGAACAGUGUGGUCAUGUCUUGACAACCCUCCUGAGCUCAACUAUCCAUCUUUCAUGACUGUGAUUCCGAUAAAUUAUACAUCCUUUCCAAUGACUAAGAAUUUCACAAGGGUCCUCACUAAUGUUGGUGAUGGACCUGAGGACUACGGUUCUCAAGUUGAGGUCCCAAAAGGAAUGAAGAUUAAGGUGGUUCCAGAGUCUUUAUCGUUCAAGGGCGAGGGCGAUAAGCAAACGUUCAUGGUCUCCAUGGAGAUAGAUGCAGAGCUUUUCAGUUCAGGGAAUGUGGCCUAUGGAUUCCUCAGAUGGGUUGGUUUGAAGAAGCUACAUCUGGUCUCGAGCCCAAUUGUGUUGGCUCUGCAGUGAUUCUAUCAAGGAACACUGUAUCGUUAGUGCUUUGAAUAAUUGGAUUUGCAGGAUCUGUUUAUCUUUGGCACGAGAAGGUGACAGUCACCAACCAUCUUUUUGAUGCCUGUCAUAAAGAUCAAGAAAACCAUCUUUUAGAUGCCUGUCGUAAAGAUCAAUAAGUUUUUGAUUGAGUCUGU